AUGGCUCGUGCUUGGUAUCAUGAUUCAGACGACUCAGUCAAAGAUGACAGCUCAACCGAGUCUGUUUCCUCGGACACUGACCUGACAGAGCCAGAAGAUGGAUACUCUGGCGCUGAGGACUCGGACGUUGAUCUAUCAGAGACUCAGGAUGAGACCUUUUCAGACGCUGAUUCAAUGGAAUAUGAUGACGAGAAUAUCGCUGAUGCUGAGGAGCCUGGGACACUCUCGCACGAAAGCCCCAGCAUCAAGGAGCUCGCCAUUUCUAUCAAUCAGCGCUAUGAAGAUCCAGCCGACAACCCUACGCAAAACCUCUCCGAUAUCGAUCCGGACUUCAACAAGUCUGGUAACACUAAGAAACUACGAUCACGAGUGAUUGAUCCGCUACACAGGUUUUGCAACGUGAAAGUCAGAGAAAAUAAACCGGAGGCGGCACUCCGAAGGGCGUCUGCGGAUUGGCUAUAUCGCUUUCUACAUUGGUGCUGUCGACUGCGGCAUGGAAAAGAUAACCGAGUCUGUAAAGGCUACGGCAGUGCUGAUUCUCUGAAGACUGACUGGAAGUAUUUGCGCGUAUACUACCAAGCGACAAAAAAGCGGAAAAUGAAGAAGAGUAUGGCAGCGCGCCUACGCACGGGCAUCGCACAAUUGAUUGUUGAGUUUAAACUAAGGACGCAGCCUCGUAAGAAUGAUCCAGUCUAUAUCGAAGACAUGAUUCCGUUCAACGAAACAAUUCUCCGAACACGGGAGAAACGGUUCUACUUGGGCAUCCAGCGGAUCAUGUUAUGCCUGGUCUUGAUGCUUGGGCUUUUCACUGCUGGCCGUAAAACUGCUAUCCUUAAACUGCAGUACAAGCACCUUCGACUCAGCCUACAGCGCAACCCUCACGGAGGACCACCUGUACUAUCAAUUGACAUCGAGCCAGAGCAUAUUAAGACACUUCUUGGGAUCAAAGCGCUGAAUACCUUUUCUUUUCCGGAAAUCAUCUAUGGUGUUUCACUCGUCUUUAGUCCCCAUGUAUCCAUGGAUGAUAUGCGGCGACUCUUUGUCAUGCGUGGUUGCCAACAACUAGAGUUACCAUUAAAGAAAGAAAUGGAUGAGUAUUAUUUAUUCUGCAAAGUGGAAGAAAUUGAUGGAGAGCCACACAUUGUUCGCGAUCAACCUAUGAGUGAUGGUGUUUUUUAUGCGGCUAUUAAAUCUAUCUCAUUCAUUAUGGGUCUUUUGUGUGUCUUCUUCUACCAUCAAUUUCGAUUUGGCACUGGGAAAAUUCUAGACAAAACUGGAUGGAUCAGCGACUCCGCGCGUAACCUGAUCAUGAACCACGCGGACACUUCCACGUUUGUCAAACAUUAUCGCCCGCGAAACCAUACUCAAAUGCAACAAGUGGUAUUUGGUAUGGAUGAGGACGAGAUUUGGGAUCGAACUUUAAACAAUAUGAACCGGAACAAGGAUAAACGUCGCCCACGAUUCCUUGACGACACGGAGAAGGCUUUCGUGGAAAGUGAGCCAGAGUUGCAGGAGGCUAUCCGUGAGCUGGAUUAUUUGCAAGAUAUCUAUGAGCAGAAUCCAAUCCCCGAAUUUGCUUCAGAGGUCGCUCUAGCGCACAAACGAGUCCUUAAUACUCGUCAGAGGCUCAGAUACAAGCGGUUGGGUCAGGUACGGCGAGAGUUUGGGCCAAAGCAAGCAGUCAUCGACACUAACGGGCAGCUCGAUGGUACCAUCUUACCAGAAGAUGAUGCCGCUGAAGAAGUACCGCUGGACGAUAAUACGCCUGUUAUUCAGGUGACACUCGUGGAAAAACUGACAGCCGUGCCAACCGUCUGGACUCUUGAAGGAGAAUGGCAGCGACGUAGUGAAGGUGUAGAUGCCAUUAUUCCGUACUGUGACUUUCGGGAAGGGGGCCCCCUUCGAGGCCGGCGGAAGCAAAAGCGAAGUAUCAAUGAUGAUUAUGCACACGGAAAAGCGUUAAAGAAGUCCACAGAAGAGGAGAAUAAUACGUUCUCAAGUACAAAGACCAAGCAUGAACAAGAGCAAGAGCACAUCAGGACCACUAAGAAACCUCUCAUCUGCUUUCAAUGCGGCAAAAAAUUCACUCAGCAUCAGAGUCUUCUCAGACAUUUCCGACCCAAGCAUUUGAACGAUCAGAUGUGCAACUUUUGCGCUGAUAGGAUGGAAUAUCUGGAACGGAUGCAUUAACAGAAUCAUGCUACUGCCAUCCAUCGUUUGAAG